AGGGCCUCAGCUAAGCAUAAGAUCAGAAACUAAAUAUACGAGAUGGAGAACUCUUAUGGGUAUCCAAGAAAAGCAAAGGAUAUUUCUCUUCAAGAACUUAGAGAUAGGCUUGCUGAGUUUGCUCAAGUAAGAGGAUGGGAUCAGUAUCACAGUCCUAGAAAUCUCCUUUUAGCACUAGUGGGAGAGGUGGGAGAGCUUUCUGAAAUAUUCCAAUGGAAGGGAGAAGUAGCAAGAGGAUUACCAAACUGGAGUUCUGAUGACAAGGAGCAUUUAGAAGAAGAGCUCUCGGAUGUUCUGCUGUAUCUUAUACAGCUUGCUGAUGUUUGUGGGCUUGAUCUUGGCCAAGCAGCACUGUCAAAAAUAGUCAAGAAUGCUAGAAAGUACCCAAUUGUUAACCAAACAGCAACUUAAUUAAUUACAUGCGCAGUACCUCCAGCCCCUAGCUUAUAAUUCCAUCCCUUGUGGUUUUUCUAUAUAUUUUCUGCAUGAUAUAUAUCAUGAAAACUCGUUUCCAGAGUGUUUUUCCCUCAUCUUUUAUGUAAGUUUUAGUACUUGCAAGAGAAAACGGUGCCUGCAUGCCGCCCAAGUACUACUAUUCAUGUUUUGUACUGUGUAUGAGAUCAUCUUUGAUCGAUCUCUUUGAAAGCUACUUCUUGUUCAACUCCUAAUUCUAGUACGUGUUGUAGUUUGAAGAUAUAUAUACCUUAAUUCGAUCAUGUUUAAUUUGGUUGUUCUUAUGUCUAAUAUAUAAACAUUAACCUCGUGUA